AAAAUCAAUAAUUUGGUAUACUUCCUCCAAUCUCUACACUACAGCAUUUCACAGCACAGUCUAUCGACAUCCCCAUCUCGACCGAACCCACCGCCCACCAUGCAGCUCUCCUUCUUCUCCGCGGCUCUCUUCGCCGGCCUCAGUUUCGCCCAGUUCUCAGGUCUGCCAACCUGUGCUCAAGACUGCGCCUCCGACCAAUUCUCGGGGGGCUCCUACGCCGGCUGCGGCACCGACCCCAAGUGCAUCUGCUCCAAUCAGGACUUCCUCUCCAAUAUCGCCUGUUGCCUCGUCGGCGCGUGCGACGCCGCCGACCAGACCAGCGCCAUCGCCUUUGCCACCCAAAUUUGCUCUGCUCAGGGCGUCACCGUCCCCACUGUCGUAAGCUGCGCCACCGCUGCAAACACCCAGGGGACCGCCGCCGCUACCGCCACGGAGACCACCGGCUCUGCUGCGACCGCCAGCUCCACGUCCGGAACUGCCGCCUCUUCCAGUGCGACCAGCGGGAGCGCCGCACAGGCUUGGGCCCCAAGACAGACGGCUGCCAUGGGCAUGGAGAUGCUGGGGCUGGCAGCUGCCGGAGCAGGCAUCGCACUCAUGUGAGGGGCAGCGGGAAGUACGAAACAUGUGGCCCGUGAAAGGCGUGCGGUCGUGCACCUUGCGAUAGCCUGGCUUGGCUGCUCGUGAUCAGCCUCGAUUGGACACGGAGGUGCCAAGUAUGGGUCAGAAGUGACGAUCAACACUUGUGAUGAUGUCCAGGCCUUGACUACUGGCACGCUUUUACCUUCAUUGGUAGCCGCUGGAGAAAAAGUGGGAAG